AUGAUACUGGAUACCUCCAACUAUGAAGCGGUUUUGAAGAAUCAGUUGAUUCAUUCACCAAUUGUCAAAUAUCUUUUUGAUAUCAAUGUUUCCAUAAAUAAGCAACAUAUUAGCCAUCAUCAUCGUACAGAGGAUUUCAGCCCAAAUUUCUCGAUUUUCGACAAAACAAUAAGGAAUGAUCUCUGCUCUUCUGAUCAAUCGCAGUUCUCCUCCGAUACUUUUGGUUCCAACGAUACUUUGGAUGAAAUAUUGGCCCAAGAUGAAUUACCGCCAACCACUAUCAAUGAUCCCCCAUAUAUCCCCAAAUUGCAAUUGGUGAAAGUUCUAGUAAGAGACACUUCGCUACUCAUUGAAUCCAACAUUUUCCCAAUUUCUGGAACCAUUCGAUGUGCUGCAGUGCUUCCCGGGAUCACAGAUUCCAAAGGGUAUCACCACGAAGACAGUUUGCUUCUCACAUUAUCCUCGGGAUAUCUUGUGUUGAUCCGGUUGAUUCUUACAAAACACCACUUCCAACCAUUUAUUCAUAUGUGGCACAAGAUUUCUGACCCUGCCACAAUGGUAAUAAACAGCAGACUAGGUUAUAACAUCACUUGCCAUGAUUCAGGAUGUUAUUUUGCCGUCAAUGCGUUAGAAAAUUACAUUGCGAUCUUUGAAUGUUAUCACGAUGAUAAAAUAACUCAAGGCAGCUAUUUUAAAAAACAUCAGGUCAUCAAAGUUGAUGGAACUAUAUUAUAUUGCGGUUUUUUCAAGAAUCUCAUAAAAACUACCUCGCAAUUCAGAUUAUACUCGUUGAUUUUGACUGAUGAACGUCGUUUACAGAUAAAAUCGUUUUCUUGGAUAGACGAUACAACCAGCAAAGACAGCUCGGACGCUGAUCAACAUCGGAAAAUCCCAAUUACAAGACAUACCAUAAACCGACAUACUUUGCCACUUUUCAAUGAUAUAGACAUCCCAUGCUUGGCGAUAGCAUUGCAUCGAUCACAAAGCGUGUUGUUUCUCACCAAGUCCCAAUUCAUCAUCACUACAUAUGAUCAAAUUCAUUCAGGAGCCACUGAACUUUUAAAGGCCCCCUAUUCUGGAGGGUUUCCCUUGAAUUAUUAUCAGCCAAAGUCACCCAUUCUUUCCAAAACUUGCGAAGAUUAUAAUGAAGUGUUAAUUUCCUCCGCUAAUGGCGUCAUUUAUUUAGUAGUGAUCAUUGGCAACCAAACUGUUGAUACUACGCCGUUGGUUCGGGUCAGGCCAAAUUGUUGCUUAUCCGCUUUCUCUUUAGAACGGGUAGAUAAUCACACCUCCUUGGACGGUGCAGAAUUCAUUUUCACUUAUGGUGAUGAGAAAUCAAAUGGUUAUUGUCAAAAGGUCAGACUUGUACAAAACCCUGAUAACCCAGAGUUUCGAGAAUUCAGAGUGCUUGAGGUAUAUGACAAGUAUUGGAAUUGGUGCACUGUGUUUGAUUUUGAAUGCAUUGAUCAUUCGAAAAAUAAGUCAUUACAUGGCUCUCAGGAAUUAUGGAUGUGUUCUGGAGAAGCAAGAAAUGGUUCGAUAUUGCACAUGAGAUACGGGGUGUUGUCAAAGCAAAAGAAAAUCCACAACGUUUUCAAAAAGGCCACAAAAGUUUUCACAAUUCCUUUUGCCACGGAUGACAGAGAAUACAAUUAUUACUUCUUGGCGAAUUUUCCAACAACUUCAAAAUUAUUCACUUACAAUGAAACAGAAAACGAAUUUUUUGAAGUGCCAAUCACCACUGCUAUUGAAAUGACCUCGGAAACUUUGUUGAUUGAGAAAUUGGCUGCCGCAGAAGCAUUCAUUCAGGUCACCAGGGAUUUUAUUUCUAUUGGUAAUAUCAACGAAACGUUAAUCAAGGUUGAUUAUGAAAAUAAGCAGGCAGUUUUUGCAGAAUUAUUUAACAAUUGGUUAUUUUAUAUUGUCAUGGAUAAUGAUUUGGAAGUGCAAUUAAAGUGUAAAAAAAUCCAACCAUCGUUCCUGGAUGCAAUUUUGAUAAAUGGCCUGACAAUCAUUUUAGAUACCACUCCAACUUGUGUGAAAGUAUUUGAAUUUGAUGGGAUUAUUUAUUUAGUCACUGGCUCGAUGUUUGGGGAUCUCCGGUUUUUUAACCUCGAACCAAGUGGUGGACUAUUGGAAGAGGCCCAAACCCUUAAGAUUGAUCAAUAUUAUGAAAGUGCAAUCCAUGACAUGUUGUUUAUUCCCAACCAGGAUCAUUCACGUGUGCAUUUCUACGUGACUGAUCAAUUUGGAAGUCUCUUGAGUGGCAUAUUAGCCCCUAAUGAUGAUGAAGAAGAAAAAGAAGAAAUUGAUUAUGAUAUGAUGAUUGAUUCUCCAUUCUUUAAGAUUCUAGGACAGGUAUACACUUUGCAUUUUGGUACAUUACCUAUAAAACUAAUGAUGUCUGAUGACAGCCGAUAUAUUUAUUUGAUUUCCAAGCAUUUGUGGAGAUUGGAAACUUUGAAAGAGCCGGGACUUCUGGCACCAGCAACGGUGUUUUUCGAAGACACUGCUCAAGAAAGAAAUGUGUUUGCAAUUUCCAGUUUAAUAUUUGAUGGAGGCAUCAAAAGAAUUGGAAUAUUGAGGGAGGACGGAUAUUGUAUUGCGAAAUUCUCUGAAACAUUAAGCCCCGUCCCCAAACAGUUUCAUUUGGGGUUCACUCCAAACAAGUUUAUGUAUAUUCCCUAUUUGCAUGUUUUUUGCAUCAUCUCGAACGACAUGACGUACCUGUCCAACAACAAUAAGAUUUCGUUUUUUGACGUGAAAAGUUUCAAAAAAGUCCGGGCUAGGGAGAUUUCCAAACAUAAUAAACAACUUAUCUUCAACAAUAAUGAACGAUUGUUAUCUAUCGGCGAAUGGUAUAUCAAGAAGAAGACUCUGCUGAAAAAAGAGGCGUCAGUGUAUAAAAAUGUGGUUGUUGGCUGCCAGCUCAACAAUGACGAAGGAUCGGUACACGUUAUCGAGUUGAAAAAGGAGAAAAACGAACGGGAUUUGAUUAAGGUUGGUAAUUUGUACACUUGGAGAACUAAUGGACCGGUGUUUGCAGUCCAACAAUUAAGGAAUGCCAACACUUUGGUUUACUCUAGUGGUAAUACCCUUUACACCCGAAAGUAUAUUUGUGAUAGGAAAAGUAUAGAUCCUCCCAAAAAACAAUACAUUUGUGGAAGUUUGAUUGUGGGGAUCACUAUCAAGGAUUCCUCGACAAUAAUUGUGUCGACCAGAUCCACAUCGGUAUCUGUGUUUGAAUAUAAUAGGAAAACCGGGGAAUUAGUUAACGUUUACAAUGACUCAGUAUCGAAAAGUUUGCUCAAUAGUAUUGGGGUGAAUGAUUUUAUGGUGAUUUCCGAUAAACUCCACUCAACAAUUACUGGGUUCAAGGUUGACAAAGCCGGGGACUUUGCUCCAAAGUUCAAGGACACUGUCGGAGGGGUUGUCCGGUUGAAGAACUGUGAAUUGGUGCCAAUCUGGGUCAAUGAUGUCUAUUACGAUAUUGUCAAGCAACAUAACCGAUUCUUGGGGUGCGGGAUUGGUGGACAGGUAUUUAUUUAUUUUCUUUGCUCAAUGGAGCAAUUUGAUCUCAUUAAACACGGCAGUAGGAAAGCAUGGAUAAAUGGUACGGAGUUGGCAAAUAAGGGUAAAUGGGAAACUGAUGAGAUUGAUGCGCUAGGUAGUGAGAAAAAUAAUAAUGUUCUUCGAUUUGAUUUAAAUUGGGUUAGCAAAAGGUCUGACUCUUCAAUUUUCCAAGAUUCACCGUUGUCUGUAGCAUUAUGA